AUGUCUAUCACAAGUGGUCAGUCGCCAGUCUGCCCGAUGACUGUUUCUCAACCAUCAGAUAACACCGAUCAGGGACUGUUUCCCGGUGUCCGUUGCCCUACAUGUGCGGCCAAGGGCCUCGAGACCUGGGUCAUCGAGGGUCGAGCCUGCGGAACUUGCGGUACACCUUGCCUAUAG